GUCUCACCCUGUGUUUUUAAAAAGCGGCGGUUUAUGUUUCCACCACCUUUUGAUGAAACGAAAGUAUCAAGUUGUUCAUCGAAGCUUUCCGGCACAAUAAUAAGACUUGUUUUUCACCAGGAUCAUGGAAUCAAGGCAGCUUUCUAAGGAGCAAGGGCUUCUUGGAAGGCUGUCCCCUGGAGAAAAGAAGCUAAAAGGAAAGACCUUCUACCUGGAUAAUGUGAGGAAACGCUCAACAGCCCUGCUUUUGGAGGCCAUAUCUUUUUUAGGAGGGAGGGUUGAGAGUUUCCUCCACAAGGAUGUGAGCUUUGUUCUAACUGGAAGCCAUGAAGGCCUACAGGAUGAGAAGUGUGAUGUCACCAAAGGAGGCGCAAAGAGAACAAGUGAAGGACCUCAACAUCUAGUUAAGCAGCAGGAGAGUGGCUUCAGCAUUGGCAAACAGCCACCAGGAACCCCCAGACCAAUGGCUUGUGGCAGUCGAGGAAAGGCUCUGCUUGAAAAAGCUAUUCGCAAUAAUGAGCGACUGCAGAAGAGCUGUGUUUUGUCUAGUGCUCGGUCAUGGGGAGUGAAGAUUUUGUUUGCUGAUGAUGUCCUCUUAUAUCUGAAACAAUUGACUCGAGACUGUUUCAGUGCUAAACAAAAGAGGACAGAGAAAUCUUCAACCAAACAAAGUUUUCCUUCCGUUAAAGCUGCUGCUUUGAGGUCUCCAUAUCUUAAAAUUGAAGACUCAAGUCGGAAAUACAAGCCCUUGCACAUGCAGUCGAUGACCUUUCCUGCUCUGUAUUACUCCGGCCGAUUUAGUCCCUUCGAGUCUCCUCCUCCUCCUCGGUUUGAGAAACAGAUGGAGCAAAGAGAUGAUAAAACAAGGGAAAAGAAAGAUGAAAUUCAGGAUAAAUCUCUGAGUCUGCCCAGGUGUAAUCCUUCAGCUUGGCGGCCUCGCAAAAAAGACCUUUCUUAUUGUGAAUGCUGCCGUCAGUCCUUCAGUAAUCUGGAGGAGCAUUUACAGACUGAUCAGCACAGAUUAUUUGUGCUGGAUCACUCAAACUACAGAGCAGUGGAUCAGCUUGUGGCUGAAAUGCUUCCAGGCUUUGACCCCAGUCCAUCUCCGCAACGAAAAGAAACACUGAACAGACCACCAACUCCCCUGCCCAUCCAUGAUAUCUGUGAACUGGAGCCCCUUACUGAUGUUGAGAUGGAGCAGGCUGUUAUGGCUCUGCAUAGGCAUGGUUCAUCAUAUAAUACUCCCAUUUCCAGUCCUAAACCAAGUCCUCUUUCCUCUGACCCUGUCAGUCCAUUACCAGGUGUUAAUUUUACUGUCCCAAAUCCAGACACUUUAGCUGCUUACACUCCUUUCAGUCUUGAGACAGGCUGCCAAUUCUCUGAUAUACAGCCUCAUGCUUCAAGCCCAGCCAUGCCUGUGUUGACUGUUGAACCACAAGCCCAGGAUCAACUAGACCAACGGCCUGAAGUUCUCUCUCCAUGCCCCAUUGAUCCUUGUCCCUUCCUUGACCCCUACUCCCUGCCUCCAGUUCUCAGCCCCCAAGUCCCAUAUUUUCCCCACAUUUUAGAUGACCAAUGUCCCUAUUCAGAGCCCCCUAUUCUCAGUCCUCAAAAGUGCACCAUGGAGGAGACUUGGGAAGGACACACUUCAGAUGAAAUGAACAUUGCAGAGUGUAUGUCCACAGUUUCUCUUUCUGUUCCUCUUUUUUCUGUGGCACCCAAUGCUGAGAAAGAGGGAGAAUCAAAUCCAGAGGAGCUUGUUGGAUUCAGUGGACUCAUAUGUUCUAGCAGGCGUUUGAAGUGUGCUGCUGUGUUGUCACAAGGAUCUCAUUCACUCCCUUGUUGGUCAGCAGUUGCACCAAACCCCAACAAACGCUGUCGAUCUGCCAGUUCUGAACAGAGCCAAAGUAAAAGGAGGAAGAUGGCGUCAUUCAGGCACAGUGGAAGCAGGUCUGAUGCAAGGCCUAAAGCUGAAAAACAACUAGAGGACAAAAAAACUGUUUCUGAAGGCUGUUUAUUAUUUGAAAAGGACUCUUGUAUAACACAGUCUUGUCUUAUCCCAGAUGUCACAAUGUCAUUAACUUCUUGCUCUACGACUGGUUUAAAACAAACUUGUACCACUUUGCCUUUUCCUGCUGAACAGUAUUUCACCCAGGUACCUAACCCAGCUAACUCUGUCGAUGAUCAGCCAUCAUGUCUGCUGCCCUCAAAAGCAAAAACCUUUGAUCCUCUUCUUGACACUGGCAAAACUCUCUGUGCGAUUUCCAGUCAAGAUUCUCAGCGUUCGCUCGCUCACUCAACCUCUGUCUGCAUCGAGCCAGCCCUCAUCCCAGACCUGGCCAUGCUCUCCUCUUCAUCAUCAGACUCCGACUGGGACUGCGACCUGCUGUCACACCUGGAUCCCACCUCAGCUGCACCACAGACACCCAUGGAGCACAACUGUGAGCUUGACAAAGAACUGCUCCACAGGCCAUGUCCCUGGAUGCACAACACCAGCUACGAGUCACAUCUGCACACCGUCCUUCAGCCGCCAGGUGCAGCCACUUCUCUGUGUGGGGAGGACCCGGACCCAGACCCUUCAGCAUUUUCCAGGACUGUGGUACAGAUUGUUGAAGUUCAGCACUGAUGUUGGUUUUCUAGAGUAUUCUUUGAAGAACUUCUACCAAAAAGCAAGUCUUUAGUUUUUGAAGUGGGCAGUAUGGAAGCUCUUAAAAAUAAAUGUACAAUGAAUAAAUAUUUUAGACUUAA